UUUCUUCUAACUCACCCACACACCCACACCCAAACCCAAACCCACAUAGACAUUCAUUCAUACUCUUCACCAAAAAAAAAACCACACACAAACCAUAAAUCUCUCUUUCUUCUUCCUCUCCUCUCCUCUUGCAUAGUUAACCCUAGAAACAAAUCUUUAUUCUUUUUUAUAUAUAGAGAUAUAUAUUUUCUAUAACUCUCAUGGACAAGUCCGAAAGAGAGACUCAUGACUUCAUGAACGUGGAGUCAUUCUCUCAGCUACCUUUCAUACGUCCCGGACCUGCUCCACUUAAAGAGAAGGGAGCCAUUAGACUCUUUGGCAAAGAAUUCGGCGGCGGUGGUGCUGAUUCCAGCGUGGUAAUGACUGCCACCGCCAUGGAUGAGUCGGAGUCGGCGGACACUGUCAAUUCGUGUGGCGACGACUCGUCCAAAGAUAAUAACAACAACAGCAAUAACAAUAACAAUAGCAGCAGCAACAACAACAACGGCGGAGAAAGUAGCCGCCGUUUCGAGUGCCAUUACUGCUGCCGAAACUUCCCAACAUCUCAAGCCCUGGGAGGCCACCAAAACGCGCACAAGAGAGAGCGGCAACACGCCAAGCGAGCUCACCUCCAGUCCGCCAUGGUGCACGGCGGCCUUACGGAUGCUCACGUCUACGGACUAAUCAACUACCGUCUCGGUGCCUCAGCCGCAGCUCCGGUUUCGGCUUACCCUACGUGGAACGCCAAUUCUACUACUACUACUUCUACUGCAAAUAGUGCUUCUAGAUUUUAUGGUAGCCACAACUCGUAUGGUCAAGCUCCGUUGGGACCGCCCAUAAAUGGAAGUCCAUUGGGCUUGUGGAGGAUUCCGGGGGCGGUACAAAGUGGGCCGACGAUAAGCCGGUCGAUCCAUGGCCCUGUAAUGCCGUUAUUCGUUGGUGAAGAAAUGAAAACGACGUCGCCUCCAGUUGUUGGUGGGUCAAGUAGUAGUCAUGUUGGUUCUCAAAGCCGGUAUGUUAAUUAUCAUGACUCCAAAUCGGCGAGUGUACAAGAGCAUGUGAGUUUGGAUCUUCAUCUGUAAUAAUAAAUAUUUAUUAAUUAAUUAAUUAACCUUUCUUAGGGAUAAAAUAUUUGAGAGUUAUAUUUAUUUUAAUCUAGGCGCAGCUAACGCUUGGAGAGCUAGUAUAUGAGGCAAUUCUAUAUAUAUAAGGUCACGACCAUAUAUAUCAUAUAUUAUAUGUUAAUGAUCUUGUUUUUUUUAACUUAAUUUAGUUCGAUUUAAUAAUUAGUUUGUAAAUGAAAAAGAAAAUUAUUCUCUCUC